AUGGCGACCACCAACAAAACCGAUUCCCCCGCAUCCGCUCUCUCUGUUCAAGUCUUUGGCGAAAAGACCAGGCUCCCCAUUGCCGUGACCAAGGCGGUGGUUCGUGCCACGGAUCCGCUCCCCUUUGUCGACAAGUCUCAUGUCAGCGUGGAACUUCAUCUAACCAACAACGCAGUCAACAAGGACGUCGCUGCCAAGCUUCAGUUGACUCUGCCUGUCGGCGCCACGGUCAAGAAAUUUGAACUCGAGCGCAAUGGCCAAUGGUACCCCGCCACGGCCGUUCCCAAGAAAAAGGCCAAGACGGUUGUCUACAAGGAGAAGGAGAAGGGACGCGCCGUCGCGGCCGUGUCCAAUUCUUCCGCCGCAACCAACUGCUUUGAAAUGGAAAUUUCUCCAUUGCCCUUUCAACAAGUUACUCGUUGCCGUUUGGAGAUUCUGACCAUUGGCAGCGCCCAGGAACUGGUCGACAGUUUGCAGGCGAGCGCCGAGACGGAAAUGCUCGUCGAAAAAGUUCCUCGUAGCAACGCACUUAUCACCCAAUCCGCGGCUGCUGGAGCCGUUGUGGGCGAGUCGUUUGGAAAGACCCACUUUGUCUGCAAGAUUCCCUCUCCAUCAACAACGACAACAGAAGAUGCGGGCACCAGCACCCGCAAUAAACUGGACCGUGUCGCCAUUCUGUGGGAUGCCUCUGCCUCGACGGCCCAAGCGGUGGACGUUUGCUGCUCCCGCUUGAAGGAUUUGUUGGUCGAUGCCAACACCAAAACCGUGGACAUUUACACAUUUGGCAUGGGCACUCCUCAAAAGCUGGGAUCCUUUGACAGCGCGGAUGCUCUCUUGGCUGCCGUCAAGGCCAUUCCGCACGAUGGAGGCACGGAUCUUUCCACACUGCCGCCUCUAGUGUCUCGAUUGGCCCAGGAGGGCAACGCGGACGCUGUUUUAGUCGUUACAGAUGGCGUGGAUAGCUUGGGCCGCAUUCCCGUGUUUGACAACUCGACCGAUAUUUGCUUUCCGGUCCAUUGCAUUGCACCGGCCGACAAGAUCAAUAUGCGCUCGCUCAAAACCAUUGCAGCAGCAUCGCCCCACGCCGCUGGCGUGGUGCUGGCCAAAAAGGACAAGAACUAUUCAAAGGGUAUUCUCUACCCGCAGCCCGUCUUGCGUUCCAUCGUGGUGGAUCAGGAUGAAGACGCCUUUCUCGAAGAAGUGGACGAUGGAUUUCGCUGCACCCUGGAUCAUCGUUUGCAAGUGCUCAACCAGCCCAUCCCAGCAGAUGGUCUUUUGAUCGCUGGUAUUCUUGGUGAUUCCGUGACCAAAUUGACGGCCAACGUCCAGCUGGGGCCCAACCAACACCAAAGCUUCCACUUUCAGUUACGUGGAGGAGAGUCUACUAAUACCGCGGACAGUCCCACACUCUACCUCCAGCCCAAAGAAGAUGGUGAGGCAUCGGACCCCGCAGCCCGUGUUCUUGGUCACAUUUACGCAGAAGAGUUGUACCACCAAGCAGAGGCUUUUGAUGUUCGAUCCGGUCUGUCCACGGAACGUGUCCGCGAGGAGCUCGCUGUGUCAUAUGGGUUCUGCAGUCCCGAGAGCAGCCUCCUCAUGAUGUAUACCAAGGAGCAGUUCACCGAGCAUGGCAUUUUGCCACCCAUCGGACACCCCUGUGCAAAGGAAAUGCCUCCCAAGAAGGAAGAAGAACCCAGCAAUCAUAGCGAGACGUCGUAUCAACCUGGAAAACUUGGUGGUCUCAAGAAUGACCAGCAAAGGAAAGAUGUGGUCCUCCUCGCGAAGCGUCUCGAGCAAUUCUUUACCGAAACACCAAAGCAGCACCAGAUGAAGAAGAAACGAGCCGACGAAGAUUCCGACGACUGCUAUGAAGAGGCCGGAUAUGUCGGUGCUCAGGCUGUUUCUGGUGGCGGCUUUUCUAAUCGCGCUUUCCUGAGGUGUGCAGAAGAAGCGGAAGAAUGUUACGUGGGAGGCGAUGAGGACGAUGAAUAUGGAAUGGAUGUCCCAAGGCCUCUAGACCGGUGCGCUGCUCCUCCACGCCAAAUGGCCCAGUGUGCUGCAGCCCCUGGGGCUGUGAUGGCCAUGAUGGAAGACGACGACGAAUGUGACGACUACUGUGACGCCUGCUACGAAGAAGAAGAAGAAGAAGAAGAAUGCAUGUUUGAUGGUGACUAUGAGGAAGACGAUGCUGCUCCUCACGAAACGGCCUGCUUUAUGUCUGCUUCAUGCGUCUUGAGCGCGCCAGAGCCCGAGGGAGGUCCAGGCUUUGACUUUUCUCGCAGUGUUCCGCCUCCCUCCGGAACAGUUUCGAGCCCAGCCCCGCCUGCGGGUGCCUCUGGCGUCGUGUCGGCCCCAAGCGAUCCCAAGCAAUACAUCGAAAAGCUCGAAGCCAUUCUGCAGAGCAACAACGGCAGCAAAGAGGCCUGGACGGAGCUGUAUGCGAAAGAGCUUGAGUCCAUCGGUGGUCGUGGCGUGGCGUCGCCAUCCUUUUUCCUCAACAGUGCUCAUGUCUUGAUCCAACACGGCAAACUCCCCGAUGUGGCCAUCCGCAUCGCCGCCAACUGUCUGGAAGCGGGAAUUGAGGAUGUGCAAAUGCUCCGCAGUGUUGGGUAUUUGUUCCUCUCGGCCAACACAGAUUACGGUCUGGAGCUUGCCGCUCGUUUGUUUGAGAAAGCGAAAGAGUUGGCUCCGUUGGAACCACAGAGCUUUAUGGAUAUGGCGUUGACGGGGUAUUACAAAGCUUGGAAAACCUUUUCGCAAGAGGGAGUCGCCCUUGAAGAGGAGAUCGCGCAAGUCCAGAAACAUUUAGUUCAUGUAUUGACUCAUUGCUGGGCCCGUCGAUUCCGGGAGAUUGAAUGGCCUGCGCUUGUGCUGCUUCAUUAUGCGGCUGAGUUGGUCCGGGAAGCCAACCAAGCGUUGUCUUUGAGUCUUCCCGAAUGGCCGACCGAGGAGUUGAACAAGUUUUUCCAGAGCAAAGAGGAAGAGCCCCCAAAGAAAGAUCCAAAGGAGGACGCAAUGGACAAAGACAAGGAGGGUGAAGGUACAGGUUUGCGCUGUGCUUCGUUCCGGCCUGCAUUGAUGGUGUGGCUGGCGUGGGAUACCGACCACACCGACGUAGACUUGCAUGUUGUGGAGCCCUCUACGGAAGAAGUCUACUACAGCCACAAGAGAGGCCAAGGAUCUCUGUUGAGCCGUGACUUCACGGAUGGCUACGGUCCUGAGGUGUAUCUGGGCCGUCAAGGACAUGCGGCCAAGGGCGAGUAUGAAGUGCAUGCCAAGUACUACGCAUCCCACCAAGAUUCGGCCUUGACGGGCUGCACGAGUGCGGUGGUUUGGACAAUUGAAACGACGGACAAGGGCCAGAAAGACGUCAAGUUCGGCUUUGUUCGAUCGAACACGCACAAGGAGAAGACCCAUGUCGUCACUGCUGUGUGCCACGAUGGACCUGGUCCCCAGACGCGUCAACGUCGUUAA